CACAGGAGUUCGUUCGGUACAAAUGGACGUUUCAAUCCGCGCUGGAAAGCAUGGUUCUCAAAGUCGCAAAUCCCGGCCCCGAUUGGAGCUUUCCACACUUCCCAGAACCCAUCACGAGGAUCUAGCGUCAAUCGCCGGAUGGCUCGCGAGCUGAGGCGCCGAUGCGAUUUCCGCGACCUCGACGACCUUUCUGACCCUGAAUUCAACGAUUUAUAUCUCGCCGUCAUAUCAGGGUCAACUGAAGAUUUCGAGGCCAUGGAUGGCGCACCUCUGUCUCUUCUCCAUGGCCAAGGGAACGGCGCCAACUCCACCCAGCCACAGGCAUAUAAUCGCCGAUCUUCAUCCUAGGAACCUUUCAGCAGCAAUGGAGGUGGAACGCUUAGGCGGGGAGAUGGCCUCAAAAUCGCAUCCCGGAACUUGCUUUUCUCAGCUCGCGGCGCGGCAGCGCGCGCCUCGGCCGCGAUGGCCCAUUUGCGGACCAUGUUCGGCCCAGAGCCUCGCAACCUCGUGGUAAUGCUCCAAGAACUCCGCGAUGAAUCACUGGAAGCUAUCCUGGAGGAUGAGUGGGCCCAGCAAAACUUCGCACUCUCCGAUACGGAUCCGCCAUACUCCGAUUACGCAUAUCCCGAAUUCUUUGACGAGGAACUCAACCUCCAACGCAGUCGAUAUUUCACUCUCAUGAUGGUUUCGCGGAAUCUGCCAAUAUCGAACUGUUUCCGUGUCCCCAUGCUCACUGAAAUGGAGAGAGAUGCCCUUGUGGUUGACAUUCCCGUAUCCGAGGACCACCACGGCCCCGAAGCAUCGUCAUCGAAACGGUCACUUCGCCUAUGCACGACGCACCUUGAAUCACUCUACCAAGGAAAAGACCUUCGUUUUCGCCAACUCGCCCAAGUAGCAGCGCUGCUGAAAGGAGACGACUCUCGUCACGGGGAGGGGCAGAAGCAGAUCUGUGGCGGACUGGUGUGUGGGGACAUGAAUUCGGGUGAUCCGUCCGAGCAUAGCAUACACCGAGCACCCGAGGUGGGCCUGAGGGACGUUUGGGAGGAUGAGUCGGCGCCGACACCGCCGGCUUUGAAGCCCUUCCAGAAAGAUCUCACAUAUGGCAAAGCCAGGGGGAAUACAUGGGGCUACCAAUCCAGCCGAGCUUGAUCUCGAAAACGGUUGGACAAGUUCCUUUACACAGGGUCCAUCGAGACCUUUGCGCUGAGUGAAGAAGCUCAGGACACCACUGGAAGAUUGGGUCGCUUUGGGAUAGGGCUGAAAACUAAAGUCGGGUUGGAUGAUAUCUGGGUUAGCGAUCACUUUGGGAUCACUGUAGGUAUUAGGGUCGUCUGAGGGCUUUGAGCCGCCCGUGGACAGAUAAGUUCUUGUUUUGCACGGCAGUAGAUAUGAUGGAUAUCAACCCCCCCCCCCCAGUAAGUAGGUCACUUCGAAUACUACUACUACUUCAACAAUCC